AUGUCGCUUAACAAAGAUAUCCCCCUCGAGAGCAAACCGCCCGAUGACAAGCCCUCGCUCGACGAGGCCGGCUUUGGCGAUGUUGAGGACAUCGUGCUUGAUCCGAAAAAGGAGAGCAAGCUGCUCAUGAAACUGGAUUUAGCCUUCGUGCCGAUUAUUAUGCUCACGUACCUGUCCUGCUUCCUGGAUCGAACGAACAUCGGCAAUGUCAAGGUAGCCGGCAUGCCCGAAGACAUCGGUGCCUCGGAGACUCAGUUCUCGACCGCUGUGUCGAUUUUUUACGUCACUUACGUCCUGCUCGAGGCGCCGUGGGCGGUACUAAUGAAGAAGCUCACGCCGCGCAAUAUCCUCACGGGUCUGUGCAUCGUCUGGUCCAUUGCAACCGUCUUCACGGGCUUCGUGGAAAACGUGGGCGCGCUGUACGCUACGAGACUUAUUCUGGGCGCCUGCGAAGCCGGACUCUUCCCCUGUCUCAACCUGUACUUGACGAUGGUUUAUCGCCGCGAAGAGCAAGCCAAGCGGGUUUCGUACCUGAUGAGCUGCGCUGCAAUCUCAGGGGCCGUGGGAGGACUGCUGGCGUAUGGUUUGCUCCAUAUGGACGGACUUGGAGGCAAGGCCGGCUGGCGAUGGGUGUAUAUAAUCGAAGGCCUCUUCAGCAUCAUCUGCGCCUUUCUCAUCUGGUUCGGUCUCCCCAACGAUCCCGCAAACGCCUACUUCCUCACCGACGAGGAGAAAUGGAUGAUGCGCGUGCGCAACGAACAGCGACGCAAAUACAUGGGCAGUGAAGAGUUCAGCUGGGAGGAAAUGCGUCUCGCCCUGCGCGACCCGAAACUGAUGUUCAGUGCUGUCACGCAAUUCUGUCAGGACAUCUUGCUGUACGGGUUCAGCACGUUCCUGCCGACGAUUCUGCAGAGCAUCGGAUAUAAUUCGCUCAUGAGUAACGUGCUCACCGUGCCGGUGUAUAUGUGGGCGGCCAUCGUGUUUAUUGCGGUCGCAUUUUGCGCCGAUCGGUAUUCCAAAUUCUCCGUGUUCAUGCUUGUAACCAACGUCUUCGGCAUCGUCGGCUACAUCAUUCUGCUCUCCGUCUCCAACAACGCCGUGAAAUACUUCGCCACCUACCUCUGCGGGAUCGCCACAUACACAGGCGUCGGACUGAACGUCGCCUGGCUGAACGUCAACGUGGCACCGCAAUACCGACGCGCCCUCGCGAUCGGACUCCAGCAAACGCUCGGGAACUGCGCUGGUAUCGUCGCAGGCCAAGUCUACCGCGAGUCGCCAUAUGUGCUCGGGAAUGCCUUUUCAUUAGGAUCUUUAGCGGUCGCACAGGGUGUCAUUGUCGUACAUGCAUGGUAUCUUCGAAGGGAGGAUCGGGAGAAAGAGAGGAUUCUGGAGGCGGCAUGGGAAUGGGAAUGGGCGGACCGCCAGGAGGCGGAUUCGGCGGGCAUCACGGCGGUGGAGGAGGGUUUGGUGGUCAUCAUGGAGGCCAUGGAGGCCAUGGAGGAGGCUUUGGGGGACCAGGGGGUAGUGGAUUUGAUGGAUUUGGGGGGCCCCCUGGAGGAGGAGGAGGAUUCGGGGGACACCAUGGAGGCGGUGGUGGUGGUGGAUUUGGGGGUCCAGGAGGAGGACGGUGGUGAUUAUGAGGUCUGCUUUCAAUUGUUCAGAAAGACGGCGUGGAAGCCUCCACUCCAGAUUCCCGGGGUAUUGCAUGUCACAAGGCGUUUGGUCCCCUUCUUUAUAUUUCGUCAAAGCAUUCCUCGAUUAACUGACUUUUUCAUUUCUGCCUCCAAACCAAAAUUCCGCGAUGGUGAUACAAUAGCAGGCGGCUCUGGACAAGUUGCCAGAGAAGUGAUCGAUGCCUUUCUGGCCACAGGAAAACAUGAGAUCACCAUUUUAUCUCGCAAAGUAGGCAGUCUCGACCUGUCAAUGCUACACACUUCUGACCUCGUCAAGGGCGCCUCAGACCCCGAUAUUUCGUCCGAGAUCCACUGGCGUGUUGUCCUCGAAUAUACUCUCUUGCAGCCCGGUCUCUGCCUGGACUAUCUCGCCUCUCCGUACAGAACCGCGAAGCAUGUUGAGCUUCUUGACACCGUGUUUGACUUUCAGAACUGUCGCGCCAUUUUAGUCGAUAGCCACGACAAUGCGAUCAUGACUUUGACCACGGUCACAGAUCUCGCUGCCGUCAUCGCCCGAUCAGUGGACUAUGAGGGAGAGUGGCCCGAGACCGGAGGAAUCAGAGGUAACAGGGUCACUAUUGGUGACAUUGUCAGGAUUGGGGAGGCUAUUCGAGAGCGUUCGUUUACCGUUGAAAAGGUCAAAAUCGAAGAUCUCGAAGCAGGGAUUUUGAAUACCUCAUGGGGGCUGGAGAAGAAACAUUGA